CAAAAGGAAAAUUCAGUCAUUCCAAAAGUCAAGAGUUUCCGUAAUUUUCCAUGAAAAAGUAGAAAAAAAAUAUCUCCCCUUGGUGAAAAUUUCGGACUUUAGCGUCAAUUGUGGUAGCGUCGUGUCGUAGUUUCGUAGUGUCCGGAGAUAUUUUUGAUAUUAUUCUUGCAUUUACAGCUGAAGUAGAGAAAAACUUGCUAAUUUACCACUUUUGAACAUGCAACGUAACCACUGUUGUUGACCUUUUGUAAUAAGAAGCGUGACUCGCCAUAAAAUGCAGCAAUUAACGAAGUAAAAAAAAAUGGCUUCGUCAACGAUGAAACGCUCCGUAGACGAUCUCCUCUCCAGUUCGCAGGAAGUGCUCGGCAGCACGUUAAGCAGCGUGAAUCAGGCGUUGCAGCAAACGUUGCAACGUUCGCCGAGUCCGAUCCGAAAAACGCUUCUCGCUGCUUCAUCGCCUUCCUCGUCGACUUCAACGUCGCAACAACAACUGACAGCUAGUCCGCCGCCGCCAAAAGUUUUCGUCAAAGAACCGGAUGGCGGCGACAUUUUUCUGCCCCUGAGUCCCGUGCCGCUCGACAAAACUGACGCUCGCAGCACCACGAGCGACGACAGCUACAAACUGAGUCCCACGUUGCCCGAUGCCGUCAGUUUGAAGGAAGGCAAGUCGCCGAAGGGCGAAAAAGAACCGAAACACAGCAAAAAGGAACUGACGAUGGCGGAACGGGCAAAGAAGAAAAAUUGGUACAGCGUCUUGUAUCCGAGUUACAAAUCGCGCUGCGAGGAUUUCAAGAAACUUUUCAAAGAAGUGCCCGACGAAAAUCGUCUCAUCGUGGAUUACAGUUCGGCCAUUCAAAAGGACAUUCUUGUGCACGGGCGACUUUACGUGUCGCAGAAUUAUUUGUGUUUUCACGCGAACAUCAUCGUGUACGAGACGAAACUCGUGCUCAAAUGGAAGGAAAUCACGUCAAUUGUCAAGGACAAGACCGCGCGUGUCAUCCCGAACGCCAUUUCCGUGUACACGGAGAACGAAAAGUACUUUUUCACGAGUUUUACGGCACGCGACAAAACCUACAUGAUGCUCUUUCGCGUGUGGCAAAAUGCCCUGAUGGAAACCCCGAUGGCGCCGCAGGAACUUUGGCAGCAGGUGCAUCGCGUUUACGGCGACUCCUUGGGACUCACGAGCGACGACGAGGACUACAUCGAUCCGUAUGACGUCAAUUAUGCCGAAAGUGGGUCCGGUGAUAUUAGUGUAAGUGACGCGCACUCGUCCAAAGAUAAGACAACGACCACGACAACGACGACGUCAUCGAGCGGGCAACACAGCGAUUCGAUGUGUACGGCAACGGAUCCAACGACGACGACAACGGCACGCAAACCGACUUCGCUCAAGCUAUCGGGCAAGACGAGUGCAAAGAUAAAAGUGAAAAAGGGCGAGUUAUCGCCGAUCGAACAACUACCGACGGACUUGUCAGACACAAGUGAUUCUGAUACGGGAACUGGCACAGGCACGAAUGUCGAGUCGAGCAUUAUGGAACAGGUCGAAUGUGAUUCAAUGCAUGAAGGACGACAAUUGGUUCACACGAUAUUGCCGAUCAACGUGGACAACUUGUUCAACUUGCUCUUUUCCAAAUCCAAAUUUCUACUAGAGUUCCAUGAUUCGCGUCGCACCACAGACUUCCUGCCCGGCGAAUGGACCCUCAACGAGGAAAAAGCCAUGAAAUGUCGCUGCGUGAAACUCACCGUUGCCAUUAAUCAGGCAAUUGGUCCCAAGUGUUCUCACGUCACGGAAACGCAAUGGUUGCGCCAAUGUUCGCGCGAAGGCUCGCUAUACGCCGUCGACAUUGAAUCCGUGAACGAAGGCAUUCCGUAUGCCGACAGCUUCAGUGUCUUCUUGCAUUAUUGCUUGUCACGCACGAUGGACGACCACACGGUGCUUUCGGUGCACGCACAAAUCAAAUACAAAAAAAGUGUGUGGGGCGUCGCAAAGGGUUUCAUCGAACGAAACACCUGGAAGGGGCUCGAGGACUUUUUCAACGGGCUACUGAAGGCGUUGCAGAGCGAAUAUUGCAUUCCGCCCGCCAAAGUGAAAGCUCGUCGAACACGUCGUGGCAAUUCGUUGCAGAAAAAUCAGCAUCUAGUCGAUCCGAGUGCCGCGCAUCCCGCCGACGACGCCAAAAGCAAAAGCUACAAAGACAGUAUUCCGCAAUAUGCGAAGGCGCGCACAAGCAUUGUCACGGAAAAAUCCGCCAAAGACGGAUUUUUGUCGUCGAAACGUAGCCAAGAAAAGUUCCUCUCAUGGUUCGUGAUCAGUCUUCUUGUCGUUCUCGUCGCUGUCAAUGUCUUUCUGUACUACAAGCUGAAAAAUCUCGAAAGUGUCGCGAACGACUUGCCAUCCGAUUAUCUCGGCAAGCUCCAAGGAUACGACGAAAAUGGCGGCAAUGCGCCCGAAUCUCACGCAGAUUGGCUCAAGCUGCUGCAGCAACAGGAAAUCCAUCAUGCGCAAGAAAUGCAAAAGUGGCAAACGUUGUUACGCACAUCCAUUGACAUGCUAAAGAAAAUCGAAGACACUCUCAAUAGCUUGCAAGGUCUGAUUCACACGACGAAAAAAAGCUAAAAAAAAAACAACGAAUCACAAUCACACAAAACACACCGUUGAAAAAAAUUAAAAAAAUAUUUUUUUACACUUUUUUUUUUUACCAAAGUUAAACUAACUUUACAAAUAAUCCACAGAAAAAGGCCUUUGAAUUUUUUUUUUUUGUGAUUUUCUGAUCUCUUCUUCACGCCACACCAGACUAACUUAAGAUAACUGCUGUCAAUUUAAAUUAACAGAAACAGAAGCUUUUACAAUAUUUACCAAAAAAAAAACAUAAAAAUAAAUGUUAGUCACGUAGAUUGUGUGUUGAUAAAAAUUAGGACAAAAUUUGUUGAUGUACCUAUCUUUGGGAUUUGUUGAACUGCAAAAAAAACGUUGCUUUGUUAUCCUGUUAGAAAAAUGAAUAUAAAUUAUCCAAUAAUUACCCCAGUUGAUGGUAUAAAAAAUUAGAAUUAAGUGAUAAAAGAAGGAAAUAAAGUGA